UCAGCCUGGGCAUUAUUGGUAUAUAGAAAUGCUACUGAUUUUUGUACAUUUAUUUUUUUUCCUGAUACCUUACUAAAAUUAUUUAUCAGUUCUAGUAGCCUUUUGGCAGAGUCUUUAGACCUUUCUAGGCAUACAAUCAUACUGUCAACAAGGAGACAUAGUUUGACUUCUUCUUUUCUUAUUUGGAUGCCUUUUAUGUCUUUCUCUUGCCUAAUUACUCUGGCUAGUUAUUUCUUUUAUAAUAUUUUCACAUGAAAAUUCUCCUAAUCUUAAGACUACAUAUCACAAUGCCUGUGGAAAUCUCAUCUUGGACUUCCUCAGACACUUGUGGGCAAAAUCAAACUUUGUCUCUUUCUUCUGCUUAAGACUUUUCAGUGGUUCUCAUCACCUUCAGAAUAAAGUUGAAGCUUCUGCGCUUAGCGUAUCACGUAAGACCUGCUGUGAGUUGUUCCCAACAUGCCUUUCUGCCCUCAUGUAUCAUUUCCUCCCUUUUCAUCAUUUCAAUUACUAAUAAUUCUGUCACACAUUAUAUUUGCAUCUCUGUUCUUUGGUUCUUUACAUAAAACUCCCUUUUUACCUUUUGUUUCCUGGGAAAAACUUAUUUACUCGGGACUCUGCUUGGCAUCCUCUGCAGGAAGAACACUUUCAUUGAACCCUAGCAUUGUCCCUAAUACCCUUCAUCUGUACUGUCAUAGCACCCUGUGAAUUUUUCUAUAUCAUUUUCCAUUUUAUAUUUAAAUUGUCUUUUUACUUGCUUAUCUCUCCCACUGACAAUCUAAGCUGGCAGAGGCUGAUCAGAUAGAUCAUAAUUAUCUUUCUACUCCUAAUGCUAGGGUCAAUACCUGGUAUAGAAUAUUUACAUUUUUUAUUUAAAUAAACUGACCUGACUUUCUUCUGGUUGGUUAUGUUCUAGGCCCUGUCACUAAACUUGGUCUUUUAUCUCAGAAGUUGAAGGCUCCCUUGGAGCCAGCUGCAAAGUUCCCAGAGCCCUAAUAACCCCACACCCAAUCAGCUACAAAGUGGGCUGCCUGAGUCAGCAUUCCAAACACAAAGCCCAGAGUUGGAGCAGAAGCAGGAAAGGCACAAUGGAAGCUCCGCCACCCAGGUUCAUGUUCCUCCUAUUUCUCCUCACGUGUGAGCUGGCCCCAGAAGUUGCUGCAGAAGUUGAGAAAUCCUCAGAUGGUCCUGGUGCUGCCCAGGAACCCACAUGGCUCGCAGAUGUCCCAGCUGCCAUGGAAUUUAUUGCUGCUACUGAGGUGGCUGUCAUAGGCUUCUUUCAGGAUUUAGAAAUACCAGCAGUGUCCAUACUCCGUAGCAUGGUGCAAAAAUUCCCAGGCGUGUCAUUUGGAAUCAGCACUGAUUCUGAGGUUCUGACCCACUACAAUAUCACUGGGAACACCAUCUGCCUCUUUCGCUUGGUGGAUAAUGAACAACUGAAUUUAGAGGACGAAGACAUUGCAGGCAUUGAUGCCACCAAAUUGAGCAAUUUCAUUGAGAUCAACAGCCUCCACAUGGUGACAGAGUACAAUCCUGUGACUGCAAUUGGGCUAUUCAACAGCGUAAUUCAGAUUCAUCUUCUCCUGAUAAUGAACAAGGCCUCUCCAGAGCAUGAAGAGAACAUGCAGAGAUACCAGAAGGCAGCCAAGCUCUUCCAGGGGAAGAUUCUCUUUAUUCUGGUGGACAGUGGUAUGAAAGAAAAUGGGAAGGUGAUAUCAUUUUUCAAGCUAAAGGAAUCUCAGCUGCCAGCAUUGGCAAUUUACCGGACUGUGGAUGAUGAGUGGGAUACACUGCCCAUAGUAGAAGUUUCCAUAGAGCAUGUCCAAAACUUUUGUGAUGGAUUUCUAAGAGGAAAAUUGUUGGUAAGUGUGAGACUGCAGGUAAAGCAAGUUGUUUUCUUUCUACAUCCCUUUUAUUUCCUGUUGAAGAAGAAUCCUUUGGGCUCAGAGAGUGGGGAGGGCCAAAUGUUGGUUAAUGGAUACCAUGUGCAGCUAGAUAGGAGGAAUGUCUAGUGUUCUAUAGUACUACAGGGUGGCUGGAAUUAAGAAAAAUUUAUUAUAUAUUUUCAAAUAGCUGGAAGAGUAGAUUUUAAAUAUUUCCAACACAAAGAAAUGAUAAAUGUUUGAGGUGACGGAUAUCCUAAUUAUUCUGAUUUGGUCAUUAUACAUUGUGUAUAUGUGUAGAAAUAUCACUCUGUACUCCAUAAAAAUGUAAUUAUUAUGGAUCAAUUAAAAACAAUAAAAGCAAAAUAAUUAAAGUUAAAAAAAUAAUUAUUUGUGCCCUACUGGAUUUGAUUAAAAGCAAAAGUCUAUGAGGAUAUGGUGGCCAGAUCAAGAUGCUUGUUAGGGUACAGUCAUGAGACUAGAACCAGAAAAGCAUUUUUGGAAAGGCCUUGCAUAUUCAGAGGUUGAAUUUUGUACUUCAGCAUUUAGUUUAAAGUAUUAAUGGGCAACAAAUCAAACUUCAUAUAAAAGAGUUCAUGAGAAAAAAAUUAAAGAUGGAUUUAGGACUUCCAGGAGUAAUCAAACAGCUGAGUUUACUAAUCCCAGAGUGAACUCCAAAUCUAAAUGUCAUUAUGAUGUUUUCCAGAAAGAAAAUCAUGAAGCAGAUGAAAAGCCUCCAAAGGUGGAACUCUGACUUCUCCCUGGUACUGCAUACGACCAAGUGUCUGCUUUAUGCAAAGUAAAAAGGCCCAACUCAAAUCUCAGAGACACUAAACAACAGGAUCACCAAGCCUGCAAACCAUACACACACACACAAUCACACGCACACACACAUACACAGAGAGAGAGAGAGAGUGCUUCAUUUUCUUUCUCAAAAUCUCAUUUUCUCUUCUUCUUUCUUUUAAAUGUCCUAUCCUCACCUCCUACCCAAUUUCCUAUUGUGCAUUCACACUGUGUGAGCCCAUCUAUAACACCAUUAGAUCAAGGCUUUAAGAGACUCACUGUGCUAUCUCUAUGGAGAGACAUUCCUAGAGAAGGAUUGUUCUGAUUUGUCAUUUAAUAUUAAGUUUCUAUACUCACGUGACUUACACACAACAUAGUUCCUGCUCUUUUAAGGUUACCUAAGGGUUGAAACUCUACCUUCUUUCAUAAGCAACAUGUCCAUCUCCAACUCAGGACCAAAAACCAAAGGAUGGUUUUAAACGCCUUUCUGAAAUUGCCUUUUUCCCAGAAGUUGAAGGCUGUCUCCAAGUCUCCAAACCCAGCAGAAGUAGACCAUGUGAAAACUCCAUGCUUGGUUAGCAUCGCCAACUCCCCGUGUAAAUCAACAACCUGCAUAAUAAAUAAAAGGCAAUCAUGUUAUAGGAAAAGCCUG